UAACAUUAGAGUUGUUUUGAUUAUGUAGUGUAAUGUUUGUGUUGUGUUGUUUUUGAAUGAAAAGGGUUGGAAAUUCCAUUGAUGAACACAGGAAAAUACUUUCAAACAAAUCCAACACAUGUAUUAAUUUGAUUUAACUUCAUUAGAAAUGAAAACCGUUGAAGCGAAAAUUGUAGUGCUCGGUGCUCAAGGAGUUGGCAAGACCAGCAUGGUUGUUCGUUACAUUGGUAAAAUGUUCAGCCAUCACAUCAGUCCUACAAUAGGGGCAUCAUUUUUUACAUGCAAGCUAAACGUGGAAAAUACUCGAGUGAAACUACAGGUCUGGGACACUGCUGGCCAGGAGAGGUUUCGGUCCAUGGCGCCCAUGUACUACCGCAAUGCGAACGCGGCCCUCCUCGUCUUCGACAUCACACAGUACGACUCGUUCACGUCGGUGAAGAACUGGGUCAAAGAGCUGAAGCGUAACGUGGAAGAGCCAAUGGUUCUGAACCUCGUGGGGAACAAGACGGACCUGGAGAGUGAACGACGGGUGCGGCGGGAGGAAGCGUGUUCCUACGCCAGCUCCAUCGGGGCCAACUAUUUCGAGUCUUCAGCUCUCCACGACGAAGGCAUCGAAGACGUGUUCCUGAACACCGCCAUCGGGCUGAUCCGCAUGAGCCAGGACUCUGUCGGCUCGUCGCUGCGGGUGUACGACUCGGCGGACGGCUGCAGCCCCGCGGCCGUCGCGAGGCUCGGCGACAGGGGCAGCGGCGGCGGGGUCGAGGAGACGCCCGGGUUCGCCCAGGGAGAGUCCGAGAAGCCGUCCAUGUGCUGCUAGCGACCGGCGGACGACCUUCGCGCAUACCUCGUCGCCCGGCAGCGGAGCUGGAGCGGUCCCGUCGCACCUUUGAACAUAUAUACCGUAUAGAAGUCGCGAGUGGGUAGGAUUUACUCUACGUUUUUCAGGAGCGGAAUGAUGAGCAGCUUGGGAACUUCACCGCUGCAGGGGCGCUGCCGUAACGCCCUGUAUCGUCUCAGGUUGUUAUUUACACGUUAGAGCACAGCACCGUCGCCCAUUGUCAUUCCCCCCUCCCCCCCCCCGGCCCAUCAUUCACUGCAGCUCAAGGUCGUUCAAAGAGAGUGGGAAGGGGUGCUUGAAGAGUUCGACACUUGCCCGCUAGGGACCACCACAAGUCGAUGCCCUAGAGAUGGUGGAGAUUGCGGCGGUUGAAUUAACCAACUACCUCAAAACCGUAUUAGAAAUUUUAACCUGGGCUGGCGACUUCUAUACGGUAUAUAUAUUCAAAGGUCGCACUGUCGAACUUUAUCUCCAUCUUUAUUAAGCAUUACAGUACGAAGAUUAAGAUGUGACAAAAUAUUGCUUCCACGCCCCUUCAGUCAAGGUUCAAAAACAACAUAACCUCAGAUGUGUUGAAACCUGUCAUGAGUAUUUUAUGUAGCUGAGUUAUUCAAAUUUUAAUUUUUCAAAUGAUGAUAAUAAUGCAUUGUUGUGCAUGAUAAAAAUUUUUUUUAAAAAUGUCAAUAUUUAAAAGAUAAAAAAAAAUACUAUUGCAUUAUGGUAUUACCCAUUUACUCACAAAAGGGUCGUCCCUGCAUAUGGAUCACACCCUUAAUUUUGGGGGAAAAAAUUUAAUAUUUUCAUAGUAAGGGUCACCCUCGAAUAUUUGUCGUGCCAUCUCCAGUAGAAUACAAAUGAAGUCUUUAUGGUCCGUGUCUCAAUUAUUGCCAGUAAGAAACAGGGCACUGAUGUCCUUCGUCUUUCCCCGUAUCAUCCUUUAUGGCCCUUCCUCCCCUCUCAUCCAUCGCCGUAGCA